CGACGCACACGGUAGCGCAGUAGUUCCGGAUUACCCUCCAAGCGCGCCGCCGACCCGCGUAGUCCUGCGACCGCGUCAACCGUUCGCGCCGACGGAUAACGACGAGAGAUAUUUCGCGCGAUUUCGACUUCCGUUCACCGUUCGAAUAAAAAAUUCCUGCGCGGAUUAUAAAUUUUGUUGUUGUUAUAAUAUUAUAAAUAUUGGUUUAUUUUUUCGAAUUUAUAUUUUCAUCGAUUUUGGUGGUAUUCCGUCGGGGCAGUGAACGUCAGUUAACACGCUGUCGUGAAUACAUCUUGUGCAGUGUCCGAGUGCGAUUCGGUGUUUUUUUUUUUGGCGUUACGUGAUUAUCGAAUCCGGUUGUGUGUGUGCGUAUUUUUUUAAUUUCGAUUUCAUAGCCGUGUCGAUUUUACUUAUUUUUUCAAAAAAGUUUUCCGCAAAUGGUUUAACUAUAAUAUUAUACUCGACGGUUUUUCCAUUGGACCGAACGGCUGAAGCUACCACCGCUGUCGCCGGUACCAUCCCGUCAGGCGAGAACCUAGUCGCAGUUAAUUAUAGAUAUUCAAUCAAUUAAGAAAUACAGAUAAUAGUACGCAAUUCAUAAAGUCAGAAGAAAAAAAAGUUAUACAAUGCAUAUCAGAAUUUGGCGUUGUACCUAGACCGAUUUGGUCGUGACACUGAAAUCUGCAGUGAUAUCAACUUUCCGAAAAMAUUGUCACAAAAACAUUCGGCUGGUGUACCACCUUCAGCGAUUAUAACCACGGUAUUAUAGGAUCGUAUACCACUGUGUACCGCAUACCGUCCGGUAUGUCAGCGGACGGCCACGGUAACGUCCUGAACCGWACGUGAUCGACACGAUUGUUCGCCGGUAUGGUUAAACGGCCGGUGACCGAGUACAAUACUCCGGUUACUUCUCAGACGCCUAUUAUACCGCAACAGCGGUCAUGGAACAUGGUAACGACAUGUUCAACCACACCCCCACGUCCAUCGUCACGACACUCGAUCCCAGGGACUCACUCUACCGGUUAAGUGUCAUGGAUAACGGCACCGAUCCCACGGUCCAACAGGUGACCGGCGAAAUGAUGGACUGGUCCGAUUACGUUUCGGUGGCGCUGAAAACGUCGAUCAUGGCCAUCAUUAUACUGACAUCGAUCGGAGGCAACCUGCUGGUGAUCGUAUCCGUCGCUCGACAUCCUCGGCUUCGGGUGAUCACCAACUACUUCGUCGUGUCACUGGCGUUCGCCGACAUGCUGGUGGCCAUGGUGGCGAUGACGUUCAACGCCAGCAAGCUGAUCAGCGGCAAGUGGCUUUUCGGUUACUUCAUGUGCGACGUGUGGAACUCGAGUGACGUGUACUUCUCCACGGCUUCCAUACUGCACUUGUGCUGCAUCAGCGUGGACCGGUACUACGCCAUCGUCAAGCCGCUCAAGUAUCCGGUGCUGGUCACCAAGCGGCUGGUGGCGUUCCUGCUGCUCGUCACGUGGGUGGCGCCGGGUAUCAUCGCGUUCGUGCCAAUCUUCUACGGCUGGUACACCACCGACGAGUAUCUGGCUUACCGGAUGGCGCAUCCGGAUGACUGCGAUUGGGUCGUGAACAAGGUGUACGUGAUCGUGUCGUCGUCCAUAUCAUUUUGGAUACCCUGCACGAUCAUGCUGUUCACGUACCAYGCGAUAUUCAAAGAGGCGAACCGGCAGGAGAAGCAGAUACACGCGAGGAUCAGUUGCGGACAGCAGAUCAACUACAACCGGGAGCUGGCCGAGAAUCAGCUGCGAUCGAACGGUACUGCCAACGGGUCUUCGUCCAGGACCACGCUGGCGCCAAACGAUCACCACUCGACCCCUUCCCGGGACAACAGGAACAUCAUCAAGAUGAAGCGGGAGCACAAAGCGGCCAGGACGUUGGGCAUCAUCAUGGGAACGUUUAUCGUCUGCUGGCUGCCCUUCUUCCUGUGGUACGUCAUCACGACGCUGUGUGGUGAGGCGUGCAACAUUUCGUCGUCGGUAGUGGCCGUGCUCUUUUGGAUCGGUUACUUCAACUCGACGCUGAACCCGCUUAUCUACGCGUACUUCAACCGGGACUUCCGGGAAGCUUUCAAGAACACGCUGCAGUGCGCGUUCUGCAACCUGUGCAGGAGCCCACCGUCAGACUUGGAGGCGCUGGACGCACGGAGGCCGUCGCUCCGGUACGAUGACCGCACUCGCAGCGUGUACUCCGAAACAUACCUGAACCACUGUGACAGGCGCCGGUCCAGUCAAUUCGGCAGCAGCUUAUGAUCCACCGCGCCGCCAAGAUCCCGGCCCCGAAUUUAGAGCUUUUUUCGCACAUCCUUCGCCGCCGCCACU